AUCCUUUUCUCACAGUCAAUUUAAAAAAAAAAAAAAGCUAACCCUCAGUAUCCUUUCUCUCUUCCUUACGUUCCUCUGUUUAAGAUGAAUAUCCUACGUGGUUCUUCUUCAAGGCCAGCUAAGAGGAGCCGUCAAACUUGUCUUCCUCCUGGAUUGAACAGGCCUGCUACGUCCGCUUCUCUUCCUCCUGGAGCGACCAGGCCGGCUUCGUCUGCGUCUCGACAUCCACUUCCAAGCUUAGCUGCUGUGAUGAGUGCGCCAGAGAGACGUAACAUGCCUCUUCUCCAUCCACAAAGGCCCAAUGGAACUUUAUGGUUUGGGAUAGACGAUUGCAUCCGGAAAGAUGUAGUGUCAACAUAUCAGUCAAACUUUUGGGGACCAUGGUGGACCUACAGAAUGGUGCCAGAUGAGAAGAAGGUCGCUUGGUGGACUAGUUUUCUGCAACAAUACUAUUGGGAUCCUAAGCAUCACAGUCAAGUUCGUUUUCAGUGGGAACAAAUUCUGAAAAGCUCAAUUAGAGACCUUGUAAGCAAGAGGAGGAGAUCAGAAGAAAAAAAGAAGCCAGAUUUUAUUGGCCUAGCAGAUUGGAACUUGAUGCUAGAGACUUGGCAGGAGGAGCCACACCAAAAGAGGAGCAAAACGAAUUCUGAGAAUGCUUCCUCAAACCCAGAUGGUUUAGGCACUCACCGUCAUACUUCAGGAUCAAAAAACCACAAGCGUUAUGCUUAUGACUUGACUGUUAAGGCUGGUGGAGUAGCACCUCCAGUCACUGAAGUAGUGCGUAUGACCCAUACUCGCAAGGAUGGCACUUUCAUUGACAAAAGAGCAGAAGGUUUUUUGAAGGCUGCCGAGGCUCUUGCAUUGGAGCGAUCACAAGGUUCCUGUCUGACUGAUGAAACCCCAUCAGCACCCUCUACCCAGCAGCUCAACGCUGCUUACAUUGAAGUGGCAACCAAUGGCAAAGGGCGAGUUUAUGGGCUUGGUUCAAUUCAGGAUAUUGAUGAUGAACCAAGUGAGACUGCACCAGCAUCUUUAUUUACACAUGUGGCAGUUGAUGGACGCUUGACCACCAUGGAGGGUGUUGUAACUUGCUUGAAGGAUGAUGUUUCUGGCUUGAAGGAGGAUGUAAUUGGUAUUAAGCGAGGCAUUGAGGUUCUGAUGAAGAUGAAUGGAGUGGACCCUGUUACCUUUGAACCUAUUCAGCGUGAGAGCGAUGCAUCUGAUCGAACUCCCCAAUCAAGCCAAGAACUUGACCAAAAUUCUCCCGUACAUUAACUCUGAUCUUGGUGUUUUUUGUGUUUAUACUAAGUUAAGCUCUAACAUCACUAGAUGUCUUUUGUAAAAACAUCACUAGAUGUCUUUUGUAACUUCUGAAGAACAUCAUUAGAUGUCUUUUGUAAAAAAAAUUUAUAAUUUUAAUGGUAUUUGAAUGUUUAAAUUAAUUAUUA